AUGGACAAGAAUAAACAACAAGCGUCUUCCCAAACAACAAAAAAGAAAGCGCUGCUACUUCAUGCAAGACGUGAAGAUGAUGACAGGUCCGUCAAUUUAACAGAAGAGAGACUUUGCCCUGUCGCCAUUAGUGGUUUAUACGCUGGCUCAAGAUACCAGGGCACUCAGAAAUGUGGCAACGCAAGUUAUGAAGUCAAUGUCGAACUACUCCAUGUGGACAUGAGAGAAAGCACUCUGAACGGUUAUCUGAAAAUUAAAGGCUUGACCAGUGAAUUCCCGGAACUUACAACUUUCUUUGAAGCAGAAAUCAUGGGACCCAAAUAUUCUUUUCAUACACGUAAAUGGCAAGCAGAUCAAAAGAGUGACUUAUUACACUGGAAGAAAUUCCCUUCAUUCAAACCCUAUAUUGAGAUAUUCAGCAACGACGACUUUGUCUAUCAACAAAAAGAAGAGAGUGACUUUAUCUACAUGAGAUGGAAGGAGACUUUUUUGGUACCGAAUCAUCAUGUGAGUUCCAUUCACGGAGCAAGCUUUGCAGGAUUCUACUAUAUUUGCUAUCAACGCUCAACAAAUCAAAUCAAAGGCUUCUACUUUUUCCGUAAUCAUAAAGACUGGUUCCAAGAACUAACAUUAAAUCAUGUACCAGACCGUGCAUUUGCUAAAUUUGAAUUUCGCUAG